AUGACCAUCGUCCCAGAAGAAGUAGAGAUCAGUGCAGUUGAAGCAACACUGGAAACUAUCAAGUCUUUUGGACGAGUGCGUGUCCGUGGGAGAAACUUCAGUGCAAGACUAAACCAACGGAUGGUUUUGUGUGAGAGUAAAGAGACUGUGAAUGAAGAGAGUGUUCCUCCUGAGGUUAAACCAGAUGAUGGUGGAGAGGCGUGGCUUGUUAUCAUCAUAGGAAAGGCUCAGGCAGCUGCCGAAGAGUUUAACAGUAAACUGAUAGGGUUGCUGCAGGCUGAAGGUAAAACAAUGGAGGACCUCCAAUCAUUAUUCCCCAGUACACCCCCGCCCACUAACUCCACUGAAUCUAUCCUUCGCGCUGUUGGAGAUUUGUUGGACAAGACAACUAAGCCAGCUGAUGGAGGGAGUUAUGGUCGACUACGCAUGUUCUCGGGAGCCCUACCAACGCUGCCAGGUGAGGAACCAUUUGACCAUUGGCUAGAGCAGGCAUGGCUCAUGGUGGAGGAGACUGAAUGCUCUGAAAGAGAAAAAAGACGCAGAAUUAUUGGAAGUUUAAAGGGACAUGCACUAGAAAUUGUGAAAGCAGUGCGACACACACAUUCUGACGCCAGCCCAAAAGAGUACCUGGAAGCUCUUGAAAGUGCUUUUGGAAGUGCUGAGUCCGGUGAUGAUCUCUACUUUGCUUUCAGAUUAAUGCAACAGCAAAAAGGAGAGAAACUGUCAGAUUUCCUUCGACGCUUAGAGAGGUCUCUAGCCAAAGUGAUUCAACGAGGUGGUCUUCCUGCGAGCUGCAUGGACCGAGCCCGACUGGAGCAACUGCUAAGAGGUGCUAUCGAUUCAGACCUGAUGCUGAUCCAGCUGCGCUUGAGAGAAAGGAAGGCUGUACCCCCAAGCUUUCUACAGCUUUUGACUGAGAUUCGUGCUGAGGAAGAGUAUGAAACUUCUAGAAAGAAGCUCAGCGCCUCAGUACACCAAGUGCAUGUUAAUAAAGAAGUGGAUACAAGGCAAGCAGAGAUCCAGAGUUUAAAGGCGGAAAUAAAAGAACUGAAAUCAAUGGUUGCAUCAGUGGUGACCCAAUCCACUCCAGUCAAAGAGGAUUACAGGGAGGCUACACCAAUCCAUUUACCGCCUGGCCCCGAGAACCGACAGGACGCCGAGCUGGCUGCAUUGAAAAAACAACUGAAAAGACUAAAGCAGAAAACUAGCAACACGAUGUCUGAACAGGACGCUGCAGUUUCGACCAUGGAGGCUUCAAAACAAUUCUCCAACUCACCCAAAGGAACACCGAAAAAGUCAGAGGAGAAUUUCUGCUAUAGGUGUGGUGAGAGCGGACAUUUUGCCACCAAGUGUCACAACCCUGAAAAUCAAGCCAGGUUAUCAGAAAGCUAA